UCUAUAACUGAGUUUGUCGAUUGAAGUAUUGUUUUAUUCAAAUCGAAGUUCUCCAGGAUUUGAGAAGGAUGAGUUACGGUAGGCCGCCACCUCGAAUUGAUGGGAUGGUGUCCUUAAAAGUGGACAAUCUCACGUACAGAACGACGCCGGAGGAUCUGAGACGCGUGUUCGAAAGAUGUGGCGAAGUCGGCGACAUUUACAUACCCAGGGACCGUUUUACUCGAGAAAGUCGCGGAUUUGCGUUCGUUAGAUUCUAUGAUAAGCGUGAUGCAGAAGAUGCAUUAGAUGCUAUGGACGGAAGACUGUUAGAUGGUAGGGAACUUAGAGUUCAAAUGGCCCGAUAUGGACGACCAACUUCACCACACCGAAGCCGUGGUAGCCGACGACGAGGAAGAUCACGUAGUAGAAGCAGGGAUCGAAGACGCUCGCGUUCUAGAUCCCGCAGUAGAUCAAGAAGCCGAGAUAGGGAUCGCAGGCGUUCAUAUAGUCGAAGCCGCAGCCGCUCACGUUCCGACAGUAAGAGCUCGCGUGGAAAGUCCCGUUCUCGCAGCAAGUCUCCAGAUAGGCAAAAAGACAGUCGCUCCAAAUCAAGGGACUGAAGUAAUUGAACCAUAUACGAGUACAACUGUGAACUGAUGCACGUGCUGCGAGUGCAGAAUAAUCGUUUCUUGAGAACAAAAAGGUAUUCUAUUACCCUCUAUAUCUAGAGCAACACUGUCGCACGUUCACAUUUCUUCUGUCACUUACAUAUUAAUUAUGAUGACGCACUACUUGGGUUACCAAAAGAAAAGAAAAACGAACCCAAUACUAAUUUUAAUGUAAUGUAUUUAGAUUGUGAGUUUAAUAGACUCGUGAGGAUUUUCAUUUGCAAGUUUUCAUUAUUAUUCGUAUUCUGUUAAGUGAUAUAUUGUCUCAAGCAAUGCUUAUUUCUGAUCAGAAGAAAGUAAAUGUGUUUUCCUGAUUUCGCGUGUAUGGACGUUGUUGUAGCGAAACAGCUUGUUUUGAUCAGUAAAUUAACAUUCGUUAUUAUCCUAUUAAGAGCUUCGAAAUAAUGUGCUGUAGCACUUACAUGAAUGAUCUUUUAUUCUGCUCUGGAACUAUGGCAGGAAUUUCACAUCUUGAUAAUGGAGCGGAUAAUAUUCAAGUUUACACUCUAUGAAUAAGUAAAUAAAAGAAAUUGUUAUUAGUUCGAUCACAAAAUGUUUUCAUCUUAUGUUAAAAUGUAGUGUGCACAAUUCUCAGUACAUUUCGAUAUAAAUGAGUUAUAAAUGAUUACAGUUUAUUCUUUUUCUUUCAUUUCUUGAGUCAUUAUGAAUAUUUUAAUCUCUAUAUAGUACAUAUAAGUAAUAAGAAGAAACCAACUGUUUCGAUAAAAUAUCAAUUGUGAAAUUGUUUUUCAAUAUUAAAAAUGAUUUGAAUCAAGCAAGGUGGAUUAAAUAUUCCUGGAAAUACAUGAGGGUGUUAAUAUGGUAAUUAGCAGGUAAUGUAAACUGUAUGUGGUCGACUUGAGUCCAAUUUCUGUACAAAAUUUAAGCUAAUUUCCUAAGUCGUAAUAACGUGGAAUAAUUUUUCAUUGUUUGUGAUUACAACUCGAUCAACAAAUUAUGAUUACGACUCGAUUAGUCAGAAAAAGGAAAAAAACAAAUAAGAAAAAUUAAAAGUCGUAAUCUAUAUAGAUUAUAGACAUAAGUUCUGCGUUUCUGUAACAAUAUACAGGUUUAUUUAUGUAAGAUUGCCAUUUAUAAUAAAGUGUAAUAAAAUGCAGAA